AUGUCAACUUCCGGCAACUUUGAUGUCGAAGAGCCCCUAAUAAGCUCAGUUAAACCACUUACCGAUGCGACUAUCACGGUAAGAGUUAUCAAGUCUUUCCCCUACAGAAACGUGAAAAAUAUUGUAUUUACUGGCUAUGACCUGACGAGCAAGAACGCCCAGGAGCUGCUUGCCGAUUCGGUGGCACAUAUCAAGACGACAGGCGCCUUCAGAGCAUUCCGUAACGUGGACUACAAUACGUUAAAGAUAUACACGCAUGCACAUGGGUCCAAAACAGUUAACUUGGUUGUGAACUUCGACCAUGACGAAGACUGGGUGCUUGAUACGACCGAGAAGGGUAACGACAAGAAGCUGGUCGACUAUGGGAUUGGAAACGAGACCGAAAUAUCUCUUUUCAACGAUCAAGAUUAUCUCCAAUUCAAGGCCAACCCUGAGGAAAAAUGGUAA